UAACCACAAACACCAACAAACAUCAUCAGCAGCAUUCAAUACAAAAGCGAGCAUCUCUAUUCAUCAAUCUCACAACAUCUCAAGGAACAAUCAAACCCAAUAGCAUAAUAUCACUCCCAAUCAUCCACUAAUCUCAACCAUGCAUAUCACCGCUGCCGCUGCCACUCUCGCUCUUGCCACCAUUGGCAGUGCCGCUCCAUUGGCACAGAAGCGACAAGCUGUCGAUGGAACCUUCGGCCUGAGCGUUGGUCUGGAGGGACUCUUUGACAUCGAGGAGUUGCAGACCUUCAAGUUCUCGUAUGCCAACAACUCUGCUUAUUUCGGCGAAAUCAAAUAUCAGAUGUACUCGGAGCCACUUGUUCUUUCAGGCGCUAAAGUCGCUGGCGACACUGAUGGUGGUCUUUCGUUCCUCUCAAUCCAUUCCACUCCCACAGGAUAUCAAUACGGCUACAUAACCCCCGACAAGACUGCUCCUUUGCAGUUCACCGUUCCCCACGCCGGUGGCUCCGUCCCAGAUGGUGCCGUUAGCACUGGCUUCUCCUUCAGCGGUGGCGGACCGUUGAUGUGGAACAACCAGAACAAAUUCUGGGCUUGCCAGAACCCCGAGCAGGCCGCUAUGAACACCUACCAGGUGUGGUGGAACGGCGCAGAUCAGCUUCCCCUCGGUGUGGACUGCAAGGGUCCCAUUGGUGCGGAUAUGAUCGACGGAUGCCAGCGUGGAAAUUAAGGGACCAAGCAGUUCCUAAGCGUCUUUGUUCUUGCAUCAUCUGGAGCGUGGAGCAUUGAGAUUUGAGCGUCAAUUUAGCCCUGCAUUUGCAUUGCAUUGCAUUGUGAGCG